GGAAGUGCCGGGAGACGCCGGCCGCCGGCUUCGGUUACGAGCUCCCUGGCCCUGCUGCCGCCCCGGGGACGUUCUGAACGGGUGGGCACCUAAAGGCCGGCGCAGGCCAAACGCAGCCGGGGUCCCGCCCGCCCAGCGGCUCAGAGCCGAUGCCGGCCGCGCCCUGCAGCCCCGGGAGCGGGGCCGGACCAUGAGCCUGCUGGGCGGCCUCGCCUUCUCCCCGCGGGCCCCGCCGCAGGCCGGCAAGGCCAGGAUGAAAAAGCUCCCGAAGAAGAGCCAGAACGAGAAGUACCGGCUCAAGUACCUGCGGCUGCGCAAGGCGGCCAAGGCCACGGUGUUUGAAAAUGCUGCUAUUUGUGAUGAAAUUGCUCGUCUUGAGGAAAAAUUUCUCAAAGCAAAAGAAGAAAGAAGGUACUUGCUAAAGAAGCUUCUCCAGCUUCAGGCUCUAACAGAAGGGGAAGUACAGGCCACAGCUCCUUCCCACAGCUCCAGUUUGCCCCUGACUUAUGGUGUGGCCAGCUCUGUGGGAACUAUACAGGGAGCUGGAUCCAUUUCUGGGCCCAGCACUGGGGCUGAGGAACCAUUUGGGAAGAAAUCCAAGAAGGAGAAAAAGGAAAAAGGCAAAGAAAACAACAAACUGGAAGUUCUGAAGAAAACAACCAAGAAAAAGAAAAUGGAGGGAGGUGCUCGCAAGCUGGUUCAGCCCAUUGCCCUGGAUCCCUCAGGACGGCCUGUGUUCCCCAUCGGACUGGGGGGUCUAACAGUUUAUAGCCUGGGGGAGAUCAUCACCGACCGACCUGGCUUCCAUGAUGAGAGUGCCAUCUAUCCUGUGGGCUACUGCAGUACUCGAGUAUACGCCAGCAUGAAGUGCCCAGACCAGAAGUGUCUCUAUACCUGUCAGAUCAAGGAUGGUGGUAUGCAGCCUCAGUUUGAAAUCGUUCCUGAAGAUGACCCCCAGAAUGCCAUUGUCAGUACUUCUGCAGAUGCCUGUCACGCAGAACUGCUCAAGACCAUAAGUACGACAAUGGGGAAAUUAAUGCCCAACCUGCUUCCAUCUGGAGCUGACUUUUUUGGGUUUUCUCAUCCAACCAUCCACAACCUGAUCCAGAGUUGUCCAGGAGCUCGAAAAUGCAUCAAUUACCAGUGGGUGAAAUUUGAUGUGUGCAAACCUGGAGAUGGGCAGUUACCCCCAGGACUGCCAGAGAAUGAUGCAACUAUAAGUUUUGAAGCCUUUCAGAAAGAGACCUAUGAGGAAGAUCAUAAUGAUCCCAUUCUGCAAGGAUCCUUGGACCUCCCAGAGCUUCAUCCUACACCCUUUGUGUCAUCUUACCAAACCAUGUUCCUGACACACGAACCCUUGGUAGACACUCACCUACAGCACUUGAAGUCUCCGUCACAAUGUAGCCCAACUCAGUCCUCGGACUGAACGAGAAUGGACCAGAUACCACAUCAUUUUCAUCAUGAUCCAUUUUAACUUAAAAUAAAACUUAGGAUAUGUGGAAGAAGGCACAGGAGUGCCUGCAGCCGUUCAGGAGUGAAGAAGAUAUUAAUUAAUACAUUUUGUCGUGGAGGUUCCCUUGGUGACAGUUUUCCCUGGGGAAAACUUAAGCUGCUUUAUUUUUAGUAAUAAAUUUCUCUUG